GGCAGAACCAAAAGGACUACAUCAAAUAGCUGAGACUUUACAGUGACAUGCACAGCUCUCAAGGAGUAACUGCUUUCUGCAAACCACCUGUCAGGUUUUACCUCUGUUUUUAGCUGCUUGCACUCUCCAGGAAGUUAGCAAUCUGAAGUACCGUGGAUGCCUACCUCCAAGUUUUUUUUGUCCUCUAAACUAUCUAAUUUAUUUAAGGAGGCCCAGUAAAUGGAAACCAAACUGAUAAUCCAGUAAUAAAAAUUGAUAAAUUUUUGAGAGUUGCAAAGCUGAGAGCAGGAGAUUAAUGCUCUAAUCAGAUCAAUAAUACUUCUGAAUUUUGUGUUAUAUUAUAUACAUUUUACUUAGUCCAGCUACUGCAGAAACUCAAAGAAAUGUCUGUCACUACUUAUGAAUCCCAACAGCACAUGAUUUUAGAAAUUAGAACCAGAGUUCAGGAAUGCACUAGCUUAUCUUUCUGAAAGCCUGGUUGUAACCAGCUUAUUUAAGAAAAUCUACUCCAAAGGAUCAUUUCACUCAAAACACCUUUGCACAUAUGCAAAGAUGUGGUUCUGACGCUGCUGCUGUUGGCACAGUUUUGUGUUUUUCAAUUGCAGGAUGGUCUACAUACCCUAAUGGGAUGCACCUUUCUCAGAGGGCUUUUGCACAGGUGUUGUCAGAGCCUAUGAAUAGAGCUCUAGACUAGGUUUGAAUGGAAAACUGGCUAAAACCAAUCUGACCAGGUGUAAGACAGGGGAUAGCACACCAACGUUUUAGAUGGUGCAUGCUAAUGAGACCCUUGAGUAUUGUCCAUGACAUGCUGAGUAUAGUGAAGCACAUUUGAAGUAUUUGUACAACAAUGUAAGCAGCGUGAGGAACAAGCAAGAGGAGCUAGAUGUCUUGGCUCAGAACCAGAGACAUGCCAUCCUUGGUAUAACUGAAACCUGGUUGGAAGAGUUUUGUGACUGGUGUGUCACAGUGGACUGACAUUUCCAGGCUCUUCAGAAGGCUUUUUCUUGUGUUUGUUCUUGGUGGUGGUGGUGGUCUUUUUCCCCAUAGGAGCAAGCAAUAAAAAUAGGAGGGGAAAAACAACCCUACGGUACAAUAUUUGUCACCUUUAUAAAAUAAAAUAAGACUUCCCAUUAUUCUGGAAUACAGUCAGGCUUCUUGAAGGGGUGGUAAAAUGAAUGUUUAGCACAGUAACUGUAGACAAAGAGCCAAAUAUUAACAAGCAAACAGUGAAAACACCACUAACAAGACAAUAGACUUCAUUGCUGUAGGAAAUUCCUGUAUUAUCAGUCCUCCAGCAGCACCCUGCUCUCUCCUCACCCCCAGAUCUUCACAAGAUUCCCAAUUGAAAACCAAAGAUGAUGGAGGGAGAAGAGCUGCCUGGGCUUUUGGUAAAUGAAGUCGGAGGAAUGCAUGGGAUACUGCAUGACCAUGUGGAGUUUCUGAAGAAGCACUUCUGCCUCAUCACUAUGAAGGAAUUUCUUGAAAGCGAAAAGAAUUUGAGAAAAAAGGUCCAGGCAAUCUAUUUGUGGUGGCACAAACCAGUCAUUGACAAAGACCUCCUCCAGAGCCUGCCAAACUUGAAAGUGAUUGCAAAUUCAGGAGUAGGAAUGGAUCAUCUGGAUCUGAAACUUAUAGCUAGCUUUGGUGUGAAAAUGGCUAAUGCUCCACGUGCUGUUUCCAGUAGCACAGCAGAUACUGGGAUGGCUUUGCUGUUGGCAUCUGCUAGAAGACUAGUAGAAGGCUAUCAUGUUGCCAUUUCCCCUGGUAUGGAGUACUGUGAAGCUGAUUUUCUUGGAGUUGAAGUUACUGGAGCUACUCUGGGAAUCAUUGGCAUGGGCAGCAUUGGGUAUAAGAUUGCUCUGAGAGCCAAAGCGUUUGAGAUGAAGAUUUUGUACCACAACAGAACACGGAGGAAAGAGCAGGAAGAGCAAGCUGUUGGUGCCAUUUACUGUGAAAAGCUAGAUGAUUUGCUCUGCCAGGCAGAUUUUGUGAUGGUGGUGGUGAGCCUGACACCUCAGACACACAAGCUGAUUGGGAAAAGAGAGAUGGAACUGAUGAAACCCACAGCUACUCUCGUGAACAUCAGCCGAGGUGCAGUGGUGGACCAAGAGGCAUUGGUGAUAGCUCUGCGCACUGGUGUUAUCAGGGCUGCAGCUUUGGAUGUCACCUACCCAGAGCCACUGCCCAGAGAUCACCCAUUAUUAAAAUUGAAGAAUGUAAUUAUAACACCUCACCUUGGCAUUAAAACAGACAAGGCUACCCGCAUGAUAACAGAGGAAGCAGUUGAAAACAUAUUAGCAGCUCUUACUGGUCUUCCCAUGCCUAGUGAAGUGCUCCCUAGCUGAAGAGCAGAAGGAGCUCUAAAUAUUUCUAUUCUUUUCCUUUUCCCAAUCAGCUCUAAAUGCUUCUUUUCUUUUUUCUUUUUUUCUUUUCUUUUUUUUUUUUUCCCCCAUUAAGAGACACCUGUUCAGAAUGGGCAGGGAGAACUCUGGCUGAGUCUUACAUGUAAUGAGGCCUUUAAAAGUGUAUUUUCUUUGUGGAGGAACAAACUGCUCCUCAUUUUCAGCUAUGGAUAAAUGCAUGCAGGCUUUAAAAGGCUCUGGGAGAAAUAAUUUCUGAUUGCCUUCUUAUUUGCAGGUUUUGAAAGGCUCCCUAGAACUUAUGUUUUAAUUUGCCUACUGGUGAGAGAAACAGGACUUCACAAGAUGUAACAGAUCACUUUAUAGUUAUUUUUAUUUUCAUAUAGUUAUAUUUUAUUAAAAAUAUGUUCGAAAGUGAGCUUUCAUGGGUGACAGAUCCCGUCUAUCUACCAGUCAUUUUAAGGGUGCUACCAGAUAGUCAUGAGACAAGAAAAAAUGUCUCAACAUUCUGUACUGUUCUUAGAAAACUUUGGAAACAGUAUGCCUGACUAAAGGAAAGAGGUAAUACAAAGGGGAAAAUAGCAAUUUUACAUCAGUAUUUAAAAAGACGUAUAGGAGUCCUAAAGAACAUGUCUGUUUAGAUAACAUAGUUCACCUCAUUCAUACUGUAUUAGAUAUCAAAACAGUGCAAACUACCUGCUAGAAAUACUAGUGACCUUCUAUAUGGAAGUCUCCUUUUAAAGUAGCACCUGAGAUCUGAAAUGCUGAGGCAAAAAUCAAUUUUCAGAAACAUACUCAGUAUCAUUUAUUCAAAGCAGAUGUGAGCCGACAGUUUGAAGUAUUAGUUGCAAACAACAGCACUAAUGAAAAAUAGUCUCCAAGAUGGACGUGCUGCCACAUUUGGAAUACCAAACUUACUUGAAGUCUACCUUUAAUAUUUUCAACGUAGCACAAAAUAUUUGGAAGAAUGCUUGUAAGACUCCAGUACCAUUCUGUAACUCAGAAGGAACACAAAAAAUGGUUGUGAAAAAACAAACACCAUGGAAGCCCAAGUCAGUAAGAUUUCCUUUGUGUCACUGCUUCUGCAAGAAUAACUGUAUUUGAAACGAGAUAUAACAGUGAGCAUCAGUACUACAGAGAUUAAAAAUAGCAACUUGACAAACUGUUUUUAAGGCUGCAAUUAUCACAGUAAAAAAGCAAUAUGACAUGGCUUUACCACACUAGAAACAGCAUCUCUAAUACAAUUAAUUAUUUCAAUUUCCACAGGAAAACUCUCUGAAUAGAAGAAUGUUCAUCCCCCUAACUAAAACUUAUGUACACUCUGUUGUCUUAAAAUACAAAUAAACUACCAGUGCACAACUCAAAGUGGCACUGCUAUGUAUGCUAUCA